AUACACCGAAGUAUAUUAAUAAAAAUGGAGCACUGGAAGGACCUUAGCGGAAAAGUAGUGAUGGUGACGGGUGCAUCGUCAGGAAUCGGGUUAGAGUUCUGUCUCGACUUGGCCAAAGCCGGUUGCAACAUCAUUGCUGCUGCUCGUCGUGUUGACAGACUAAAAUUUCUAUGCAACCAAAUUAAUAGUAAUUCAAAGGGACCUCCACGUGCAAUCGCGAUCCAACUUGAUGUUACAGCUGACGGUGCUACAAUUGAGUCCGCUGUACAAAUAGCUUGGGAUGCAUUUGGACGUAUUGAUGCCUUGGUUAACAAUGCCGGCAUUACAGGUAAUGUGCACUCUUCACUAGAAUUGCCAGAGAAGGAGUGGGACAAUGUCUUUAACACGAACCUAAAAGGGGCAUGGUUGGUGUCUAAAUAUGUAUGUAGACGUAUGCGCGAUGCUAAACAGGAUGGAGGUUCUGUUAUUAAUAUCUCUUCAAUGGCUGGUUUGAAUCGGGAAGUAUUCAUAGGGCUGCUUGCUUACGCUUCUUCAAAAAUGGCUCUUGACAUGCUCACUAAGAUUAUGGCGGUUGAAUUGGGAGUAGACAAGAUCAGAGUGAAUUCAAUAGCCCCAGGAUAUUUCAAAUCAGAGAUAACAGGGAGCCUUAUGGAAAAGAAAUGGUUCGAUAAUUAUACUAGGAGAACCGUUCCUCUAAGAACAUUGGGAACGAUAGAUCCAGCUUUAACAUCAAUGGUGAGGUACUUAAUUCACGAUUCUUCUGAAUAUGUUUCGGGUAAUGUCUUCAUCGUUGAUGCUGGAACUUCCUUACCAGGUGUCCCCAUUUUCUCAUCACUCUAA